ACGUUGUUGAAGUUUGAGAGAUGAUGAAGUAGAAACAGAAACAAGUAGCACGCGGCACGAACACAGCGGAAAAAAACCCAAAAACUAACAAUGGGUCUGCCGUUUACAACACUGUAACUGGUGAGGAAGAUUGCUGUUUUUCCCAUACGGCGAUAUUAAUUCAUGAUCUGCUGGUUCGCUCGUCCCUUCUCGUUUUCGCUGCUUUCGUUUCAUGAUUGAAUGCUUCAAGAAACGUUCGCACCAACCCGCCGACACCCACACCAUCAAGGAAGGUCUUCAGGCCGCGACGGCCGGUGGUUGCGCCCAACUGCUGACCGCCAAGAUGGGUUCUAACGAGACCAGGACUAUCACUGCAGCAUCUAGCAGUAAAGCGCUAGCAGGAUCGCCGCGUCUCCACCGGGUUGUGUCCAGUGUUUUCAUUCUUGCCGCAGCAAACAGUGCCGAUGAGCUUGCCAGCGCCAAUGAUAAUCCUGGCGUUUCAACAUCUUCAAGAACAAGGGCGUUGCGCGCGCACGAAUCGCAGGAGCAGUUGCAGUCCGACGACGAGCGCAAGCCCAAGCAUGCUAGUCGUACCACCUCCUCUGGCCGCAACCAGGAGCCGAAGAAGAAAAAGUCUGCGAACAUCAAACCACCGAAACCGAAGCCGCCUGAAUGCGUUGGACACACAACCGAGUGGGAGGUUUGCCACAUGGGCGAGUGCCCCGUCCAAGAGAUGGUUUGCCCGCCGUGCACGUGGACCGAGUGGAGUGAGUGGACGACGUGCACCUGCGACGGGCUGCAGGAGAGGCGUCGUGACGCUGAGCAUCAAAGCAUGUGCGGCAAGCCCUGCGUGGGGCCGAAGGUGGAGACCCAGACGUGCAUCGCGGAGAACUGCAAGAGCGCCAAGGACGCAAACGCGGAGCCAAUCGACUGUGAACUCUCGGAGUGGGGCGACUGGACCAUCUGUGAUCGCGCAUGCGGUGGCGGGCAGACCUUCCGCGAAAAGGCCCGGAUGCGCAAGAACGAGUUCGGGGGGCAGCCGUGCCACGGCUUCGUGCGACAAACGCUGCCCUGCAACACCCAGCCCUGCCACAUCUCGGAGGACUGCGAGGCGAGCCAGUGGUCCACCUGGUCGGCCUGCACGAAAACGUGCGGCGCGGACGGUUUCCAACAGCGGACCCGGUCCCUGCUCCAGCUGCCGCGCAACAACGGACGGACCUGCGACUUGGCGCUCGAGGAGGUGCGCGCGUGUCUGCAGCAGGACGGGAGUUUCAUGCCGACGUGCAGCGACGAGCAGGAUUGUGAGUGGAAAGAGUGGGAGGCGUGGUCCGAUUGUUCGGCGAGCUGCGACGGCGGGGAGCGAACCCGGGAGCGCCUCAUCGCGAAGGCCCCGAAGCACGGUGGUCAGCUCUGCACGGCGCUGACCAUGAACGAAAUGGCCUCCUGCAACACGUUUCCGUGCGAAGAGCCGCGGGAUUGCGUCAUAAGCCGCUGGUCGGACUGGUCCGCCUGCUCUGCCAACUGCAAUGGUGUUGUAUCCAUUUGGGAGCAUUUCGAUGCAAAUCAUUCAAGCCUACGGGAUUUCAUCUCGCUGAUUGUAAAUGCACGGGAGUGGUAGUGGUACUAAAAACAAAAAGCAUGUUGUUGACCCACUAACAUCGUAAUGAGUUUUGAAAAAGUCCUCUGCUGUCAGUCCUCUCACGAGUGUCUCCUGACAACAUGCAGCCGAGACCAGGGCUUGCUUCGUCCUCCGAUUGGCUUGCAUGAUUGAUCGCUGAGAAGAAGUUUGAUUUGCCCUCAUUUUUCCUGUACAUAGGCACAGAUGCGAGAUCGCGCUAUCGUGAAACCUGCCGAGUAAGUACUUGUCGCUUCAUCUUGCUUCAACAGAUCAUGAUACGGAGAUGCCAUUCUCAGUCCGACCUACAUGAUAAAUAGUUAGGAAUCCCACUCUUCAUAAAGAAGAGUACUUGACAUUAAGUACCUGCUCCCGCUGUGCUAAGUUUCGUGGAGAAAAGUUCUUGUGUGAUGCAGACGAAUUCUCCAUCAAUCACGAACAAUUCUGAUGAUCAACUUCUAUCUAAGCCCAUCCAUUCACUUUAUUUGCAGGCACGGCGGCACCUGUUUCGACACGUCACUGAAAGAGAUGCGUAGCUGCAACCACAUGGACUGUGACAAGAACGGCGAGCCGAUCACGACGUUCACGGAGGACGCGGCUCCCCUUGACUGCGAGCUGUCGGAGUGGAGCUACUGGUCCGAGUGCAGCGAAACCUGCGGCGCCACGGGGAUCCAGAAGCGCGAUCGUCACGUCCAGGUGUACGCGGAGGCGGGGGCGCAGCGGGUGUGCAACGCGACGCUGCUGGAGAUCCGCAACUGUCCCGCCGGGACGCUGCCCUCGUGUUACACCGCGCUGGAGGCGGAGGGCAUCGCCGCGGCCGGGGUGGAUUCCACCACCGCGUCCAACGACUGUCAGUGGGGCGAGUGGUCGGCCUGGUCUGCCUGCGACAAGACCUGCGUUUCGUACGCCGACCAGGACUCCGAACAAGCCACGAAGAAGCGGGAGCGCCGGGUGAAACAAAACCCCGGGGUGCUCGGCCGGCCGUGCGCGCCGCACUCCGCCCUGGAGGUGGCGAGCUGUGAGGUGCCGGACUGCGAGUGCGGCCCCUGCGAGUUCGGCGAGUGGGCUCCGUGGUCGGUAUGUGACCACAUCAGCCUCACGCAGACGCGCAGACGCGACCCCCGGGUGGACCACUACUGCGGGACCGGGUGCACCGGCACGCGGGUCGAGAUCCAACACUGUAUCCCGCACUCCGACACCGCGGUGGUGGACUGCCAGUUCUCCGACUGGUCAGCCUGGAGUGAGUGCUCGGCCGAGUGCGGCGGGGGCGAAAAGCUGCGCACGCGGUCCAUUCUGGCCCACGCGACGAACGGCGGAAAAAUUUGCGAGGGAGACCUGCAGGAAACCGCGGGCUGCAACAUGCUGGUGCAGUGUGGUGACGACUGCCAGAUCAGUGACUGGCAGGCCUGGUCCGAGUGCAGUGCCACCUGCGGAACGGGCCAAAAGUCGAGGCAAAGGUACAUGUAUAACUAUGAUUCGUGGACCGGGAGGGCUGUGUCGAAGGGAAACAAAAAACUAAAAACAAAAACUACGUGGUCCGGCGGCUUACAACUCUGCUCUUCUAGAGGCACUGCGCCACUGAAAAGACUUGAUGGUCUGCCGCAGAAAAAAACUUGUCACAUUCUGUUGCUUGCUUGCAAAACAAGGCCACACCAAAUAUCAUAGGUACGUGCUGAAGCCGGCGUCGAACGGGAAGCCCUGCCACGGGGAGAAGGAGAUCGAUUUGGUGGAGAUGGGGCAGUGUGACUCCGGGGUCAUGUGCGACGCCUUGGAAUGUCACUGGGAGCAGUGGGGUGCCUGGUCCGACUGCUCCGCCAGUUGCAAUGGGCACCAGUCCCGGACCCGCGUUUUGAAGCCGGGGGGCGGUCACUCCCUCUGCCCCGCGAGCGACGAUACCAGCGAGGUGCGUGGUUGCAACUUGUACGACGCAAAAAUGGAUCUGGACUCGCCCUGCGCCGCGGGCUCGAAUGCGGAGGACUGCGUGGACGGGCGCUGGGGCGAAUGGACCACCUUUGGUGCUUGUUCGGUGUCUUGCGGCACCGGGUGGCAGAAGCGAGACCGGACCAUCCAGGUGGCCGCGAACUACUGCGGGGAGCCGGUGGUGGGGCGCAGCGAAGAGUUCAAGCACUGCGAAGAACGCGAGUGCCACGGCGAACUGGGCAAGGACGCGCCGGUGGACUGCGAGCUCUCCGAGUGGACGGCCUUCAGUGAGUGCAGCAGUGACUGCAACGGCUAUCAGCGGAGGAUCAGGACCGUGGCGGUAACGGCGAAAAAUGGCGGCCGACCCUGCGAGGGGGUCCUUGAUCAAGCGCAACAGUGCAACACCGGUAUGAUUGGAUAGAUGUGGAAGUAGAGAUGUUCUUCCUCUUGUAUAUGCAGAAGUAGAAUAUUUCCUCGUUGUAUACGUGUAACCUCGAGCACCAAAGACAGAGCGCGCGCGCUGCUGAUUUUUUCAAAAUUCAAGUUGGCCGCUGGAUAUUGUGGUCUUAUUUCUCAACCUGAUUUUUUGUUUUUCCUAGAUUGCCCUGCAUCGGAUAGCAAAGACUGCGUGUUGUCCGACUGGUCGGACUACAGUGAGUGCACGGCGAAAUGCAGUGGAGGGACGCGCCGAAAGACGCGGAAGAUUGUAAUGCUUCCAAGCGGGGACGGCAAGGGAUGCGACCCUGCACUAGCGGUGGUUGAGUCGUGCAAUGCUGAGCCUUGCACGGCAAAAGACGCGACGGAUUGCGAAUUAAGUCCGUGGACGGAAUGGGGCCGGUGCUCGAAGGAGUGCGACGGGGGGGAGCGCAUGCGGACGCGCGAUGUCAAGACGAUGCCAUCACUUCAAGGCAAGGCCUGCGAUGAGGGCGUUGCCACACAGGAAGUGGAGCCAUGCAAUCUCGACGAAUGUUAUACCGCAAUGCGAUGCGGCUUGGGUGAUUGGUAUAAUUGAUUCAUUUGUCUAAGAGUUGCGUACUUUUUUGCAUCUUUGUAGCCUGCACGCACAGAAACCUCAUUUGACUUUUGUGAGUGCUGCACGCACAAUUGCAAAAAUGAACAACGUAGUGCGUGAAUCAAUGUAAUUUCCUCUGGGUUGCGCGGGUACUUCGUUUACGCUAAGAAUAACAAACGUGAGGCUUCGAAGGCAAUUUGCAGUUCACUACAUUUUUCUUUACCAAUGAAGACACUACAAAUUGGUUUGGUCUGCUGUAGUGUAGAGGUUCAUAUAUUUGAUUGUUACACCAUGAAAUGACACAGGUUGGCAUGGUCCGAGUGCAGCGUUACAUGCGGACACGGCGAGCGGUUUAUCGACUAGAAUGUCGCGCGGAGAGCUGCUCCAAACCCAGUGCCUCAAAUAUUGAGGCGUUUGCAACUACAUCAUGCCGGUGCACAAUCCACCUGCAUGCGAUCCUACUUUCCAAGGCGAGAGCAAGUGUGUAGUACUGCGUGAUCGCCCAUGGCAGUUUUUAGCACGUAAUGCUCCUAGUAUGAGUGUCUAUGCGCACAACCUACACACAGCAAGCAUGAUCAUGAUAGAUGGGCUCGGAGCAGCUGAAAGUUUAAAUUCGAUAGAGAAUCGCGAACGCCAUCUCGGACACUGGAAAGAUGGCUACCUUGGGCUGCUGCGCAAGGGAGCCUCCGGUCGCCGGCUUAUGGGUAGUAGGCAAGGAGAUUCUGACACCAACGCCACCGGUUCUUCCAGAAGAGGCAAGAGAAAAGAUAGGAACAAGAAAGGUACCAGUACGAGAUUAUCUUCCACCAGUUUGCUUUUCGCAUCGGGAUCCGUGGCAGGUGCGGUAGCAGCCGUGCUGUUUCUGUUGCUUCGAAAGGCUGGCAGAGGUAUUAGAAGUAGGAAUGUUUUCUACGAAAACCAAAGCGCCGCCGCUGAGCUUUCUGCUCGACUUUUCAGCACAGACGAAGCUGGAGCAGUAGAGCUAUUGCCUAGAGUGGGCCUCGGCCCCCAGGAGGAAGGAGCAAAAACAGUUACAUAGUUAGACAGCUUAUCAGAACUGCUCGCGGUAGUUCUUUUUUCUCGCAGCGACGCAAAGAUGCAAGAAAGAUUUCAUGC